AUGGCGGAUCGAGAUGGCUACGGGUCGGCGUCGCAGCCAACGUCCCCCCGUUUGUCUCGCCGUCCUUUUCCCAUGCGCCGCCAGCACUCGGCAAAUGAGCCUGACGAGCGCUCCCCACUGCUGAUAAACGCUUCUCGAUCGCGUAUUCGAAUUCACGGCGGGGCUGCAUCACCGCGCCGUCCAGGCGAUUUAUCCCGCGAUCAGAGCUACUCAGACAGCAGCCGGGGGACUCGACACCACAGUCGCCGCUCCUCCUGGGGCCAGCGCCUCGUCAAUGCCUUCUCCGAGCGGUCCAUGUCAGAGUCCAAGGGCUCUAUCUUCCCUGACGAGCGCGUGUGGUACGAUCAGUUUACAAGCACCGACUGGGUGCACGAUACCAUUGCCGAUUCCUACCGCGUGAGGGCCCUCCGCAGCAGGAAGGACUUUUGGGGCCGAGUCUUGACGACGAUCGACGGUAGCCAGGGCUGGAUUCUCAGCGCUCUCUGCGGCUUUGUCAUUGCAUUGAUAGCAUAUACAGUCGACGCGGCCGAAUCGGUCUUUUUCGACUUUAAAGAUGGCUAUUGUGCGAGGGCGUGGUAUUUUGACGAAAAGAGAUGCUGUCCUGGUGGGCGCACCGAGUGCACAGACUGGAAGACCUGGUCCCAGGCACUGCAUUACCAUCCGUUUGGGGAGAAGUGGACGGAUUUCCUCAUCUACGUCGCCUGCGUUGUUCUCUUCGCUGUCGCCUCGUGCUGGGUCGCCCUCUGGACAAAGACGGUGGUCCCUUCGGCGUACCAAUUGACAACGCUAGACGAAAACCUUGCGGCCGAGACUCAUCAGGCUGCCGACGAAGGCCCCGGUGACGAUAGUGCUAGUCCUCGAAUGGUGGUUGAGAGGAAACCUGAUAUCCCGCCCAUGGUCUACUAUUCAGCAGCAGGCAGUGGUGUCGCCGAAGUCCGAGUCAUCCUCAGCGGCUUCGUGCUUCACGGAUUCCUUGGUCUGAGAACAUUAAUCUUCAAGAUGCUGUCGCUGAUUCUGAGCGUCUCUUCGGGUCUGAGCAUCGGCAAAGAAGGCCCGUUCGUUCACAUGGCGACCUGCGUUGGCAAUAUUGCCUGUCGUCUCUUUGCGAAAUACGAUCGCAACGAUGCCAAGAGGCGAGAGGUCCUCUCUGCUGCGGCUGCAGCUGGCGUUGCAGUCGCCUUUGGAGCGCCCUUGGGAGGUGUUUUGUUCGGACUGGAAGAAGUCUCGUACUUUUUCCCAGCCAAAACACUCUUCCGGACAUUCUUCGCCUGCAUCAUCGCCGCACUAUCCCUCAAGUUCUUGAAUCCAUACGGCACGCACAAGAUUGUCAUGUUCGAGAUCCGGUAUCUAGUCGACUGGGAGUAUUUUGAACUGGGAUCCUUCAUCUUCGUGGGCAUCCUCGGCGGCGCCAUGGGAGCCCUCUUCAUCAAAGCCUCCAAAUACUGGGCUCAAUCAUUUCGCCGCAUCAAGGCCAUCAAGACGUAUCCCAUGUUGGAGGUGUUCCUUGUCGCGGUUGUGACUGGUCUCAUGAGCUAUUGGAAUCCCUUGACCAAGGUCUCCGUCGCAAAGCUGCUCCUCAACUUGGCCUCUCCAUGUGAUCGCACCAAGGGUGACGGACUUGGGCUCUGCCCGAGGUCGGUGGAUGACAUUCCCAUGAUCUUGUCGACGUUAAUUAUCGCCUUUCUGAUCAAGGGCUUCUUGACCGUCAUCGCUUUUGGAAUCAAAGUCCCCGCCGGUAUUUAUAUCCCAUCCAUGGUCGUCGGUGGCUUAAUGGGACGGAUUGUGGGUCACUUGGCACAAUGGUUGGUACUCGUCACACCCGACUGGGGUGUCUGGGGUGGUUGUGCAACCGCAUCCGACGGGACCUGCAUCCAGCCGGGAGUUUAUGGCCUCAUUGCCGCCGGUGCCACCAUGUGUGGUGUUACGCGACUGUCUGUGACGCUGGCUGUCAUCCUGUUUGAGCUCACUGGCAGUCUCGACUAUGUGCUGCCAUUCUCCCUGUCUAUUCUGGUGGCCAAAUGGACGGCAGAUGCCAUUGAGCCAUGCAGUAUCUAUGAUCUCCUUACAAACAUGAAUGCCUACCCAUUCCUGAACAACAAACAUAAGCCUAUUUUCACUGGCGACUUGACUGACCUGGUUCGGCGCCUACGACGGGAGAGAAUUAUUGAUAUUACAAACUCACCAAUGGUUCCUGCUUCGAGUCUCCGCACCAAGCUCGAGGUCCUUCAUCGCCAUGGCGAGCUUGAUGGCGGGUUGCCCAUUUUGAGAGAAGAUGUUCUGGUGGGCCUCAUUCCCGCUCCUGACCUUCAGUUUGCGUUGGACCAGCUUCCAGAUGAAAGCUCAAACCUUUGCUUGAUGGAUCAAAUUCCUAGUAUUGACGACGACGAUGACGGCACCCUGCCCGACCCUACAGACUUUACACAAUUCAUUGAUCCAGCACCUGUUGCACUGGAUAUCCGGUCGCCGAUCGAUCUUGCGUAUGAAUGCUUUGUCAAGCUGGGUCUGCGAUACGUUUGCGUCUUGAGGGACGGCAAAUAUGCGGGCAUGAUCCAUAAGAAGACAUUUGUCAAGUACACACGAGAACUUGAGGAGCAACAAGGCGGCCACUGAGAGGAAUUCUCGACGCGGACGUUGGAAACUGUACCAGUAUAGAGAACAAGUUGUGCAUUCGAAGGGGAAAGAAUUGGACUUGUUGUUUUGCAUAGUCAUGGCGCAUUUGGCGUGGCCGAUUGGAUUCUAGUUGGCCACUCGUGGAUUGGUUUUUUCUUUUUUCUUCUCUUUUUCUUUUCUUUUUUUUUUAUUCUGUACAGAGAGAGCAAGCAUGUCGACUUGCGCUGCCGACUUGGCGGUAUAUUGCAUUUUAUGUGUACCUUACCUAGAUGUGCACAUUGGCAGAAGAUGUUUGGAAAUGGGAAACGCAUUGCGAUUGCGCAGUUGUAUUCGCACCAGGGUUUGCAAGGCGGUGCGACAUCUUUUUUGCGAUAAGAUUGAAAGAAAUUACAUUAUAGAUG